CCCAGCGCCGCGCGCUCGCGGCUGCUCUGGGAUUCACUUUGGUGCGUGCAAGCGUUUCCCUCUCUCGCCUCUCCGGAGGGCUUGGGUCUCCGGCCUGACUCUUUCCUCUGGCAGGAAAACUUUACUGUGAUUUCUUCUCCCCGGUGGAGAACAGGACUCAAAGUUCGCGAGCUGGUGCCUCUCGGGCGGCGCGAGGGUGUCCGCCGGCGAGGGUCCCAGCCCCACCAUGUGCACCAACAUAGUUUACGAGUGGCUGAAAGCGCUGCAGCUCCCGCAGUAUGCGGAGUCUUUCGUGGAUAACGGCUACGAUGACCUGGAGGUGUGCAAGCAGAUCGGAGACCCGGACCUGGAUGCCAUCGGGGUGCUGGCGCCCGCGCACCGCCGCCGCGUCCUGGAGGCCGUGCGCCGUCUGCGGGAGCAGGACGCCGCCGCCGCCGGCCUCUACUUCACCCUGGAGCCGCAGCCCGCGUCGCCCGUGGACUUCGUCCCCGCCGGCCGCCGGGGGGAGCCAUGUGGCGGCGCGUCCCAGGGCACCCGCGGGGACCCGCGCGCCGCCCAGACCACCGCCCCCCGCAGCAGGGAGCUGGUGAGCUACCCGAAACUCAAGCUGAAGAUCAUGAUCAGGGAUAAGCUCGUCCGGGACGGCAUCCACCUGAGCAAGCCGCCGUACUCCCGCAAG